AUGGCGGCCGAACAGAGAAAGCUGCUCGAGCAGCUGAUGGGAGCCGACCAGCUCAUCGGAAUCCCUGGCGCGCCCUCGCGCAACGCCCAGCUCUCCAUCACCGACCCUAAAGUUUGCCGCUCGUACCUCGUCGGAACCUGUCCGCACGAUCUAUUCACAAACACAAAGCAGGAUCUUGGCCCCUGUCCGAAGGUGCACAGUGAAGGACUGAAGACGGAAUACGAGACAGCUUCCGCGGCGGACAAGGCGAAAUGGGGGUUCGAAUAUGACUAUAUGCGCGAUAUGCAGAAGUAUAUUGAUGACUGUGACCGACGAAUUGAGUCUGCCCAGCGACGGCUGGAGAAGACGCCGGAUGAGAUCCGGCAGACGAAUAAUCUGCUCAAACAAAUAUCUGACCUUACGCAAACCAUUAACACCGGCCUUCUCGAGGUCUCGGUCCUUGGCGAAACCGGCUCCGUCGCGCAAGCUCUCAAUGAAUUACACAAGAUUCGCACCGCAAAGCAUCAGAAGGAAACAUGUGAACGCGAACUCAAGAACUUGCAAGAUACAUCCGGCCCAUCAGGUCACCAGAAACUCCAAGUAUGCGAUGUCUGCGGCGCGUACCUGAGUCGUCUUGACAACGACCGUCGUCUGGCGGAUCACUUCUUCGGAAAAAUGCACAUGGGUUAUUCUGAUAUGCGCAAGGGAUGGAAGAAGCUACAUGAGGAGCUUAAGGGUCGACCGCCGCCCAUGAGACACCAUGAUGAGGACGAUGGUGGUGGUUGGGGCGGUCGGUCUGGCGGUGGAAGGGGCCCGAGCUACUUACUGCAUAAGACGAAAUCUCCCUCAGUUCAACGUAUUAGCUACUUGCUAGGUGGAGGAUAUGUCUUGCAGGCGGUAACCAACCAUGUAUAUGAAUGGCUUUCAACCUAG